AAUUUCACUCCAAUCAUUCCUUCAGCUCUCCAGAGACCCGCCAACAGUUGCGAUAUCCCAGUAGGGUGCGAAAGGCGCCAGCUAUCCCAGGUGAUCCAAGGUCUCGAGCAAUUAACCGGGAGCACGCCGCCUUGCCCCUGGUAGCCGGGUGCUGACGCGCUGAGGAGGGGCUGUGCAGUCAGAUCUACAGUGGCUGUUGUGUGACUUCCUUCUCUCCUCCCUACCCCUUAGCCGUUCCUGCACACACCGAUAUGCCGCCGGCACUCAUCAUGUUGUUAUUGCUGCUGCAUUCCGCCAGUAAACCGGCAGGCAGAAGCUUCUGCGCGUGAAUUUACAAUUGUUGCUGCCUCUGGCUUGUUUUCGCCCUCUCCUUGUUUACUGCGCUGCACAAUGGCAGAAACUUCUGGUCGGUCCCCCUUUUCAGUGUCGUGCGGAGGGAAAGGGGACCGUCAGCUCUUCUGAUCGGUUUUUGUGGGUGUUUUUUUUUUGUUUUUGUUGUUUUAAAUUCCGCGGAGCUGCCCGCCCUCCUUCACUGCCCUGCUCCACCCCCCCAGCCUCGCGUACCCAUACCCAUCCCCCGGGGACCGAGGAAGCGGGUCCGCGGGUACCAUGCUCAAACUCGCCGCCUUUCACACCCACUACUGGCCGCUGGUGCGCUUCCUCGUGCCCUUGGCCGUCACCAACAUCGCGGUCGACCUCGGCGAACAGGCAUUAAAUAGGGGUAUAGCAGCUGUAAAGGAGGAUGCCAUCGAGAUGCUUGCCAGCUAUGGGCUGGCCUACUCCCUGAUGAAGUUCUUCACUGGACCAAUGAGUGACUUUAAGAACGUGGGCCUGGUAUUUGUUCACAGUAGGCGGGAUAGGAUCAAGGCUGUCCUCUGCAUGGUCACAGCUGGUACUGUGGCUGCCAUCUUUCACAUUCUAAUAGCACACACCGAUCUGGGAUAUUAUAUCAUCAACAAAUUACAUCACGUGGAUGAUUCUGUGGGAAGUAAAACAAGAAAAGCUUUCCUCUACUUGGCUGCCUUCCCGAUGCUGGAUUCAUUGGCGUGGACCCAUGCUGGCAUUCUGUUGAAGCACAAAUACAGUUUACUGGUGGGCUGUGCCUCUGUCUCAGAUGUUAUUGCUCAGAUUGUAUUUGUAUCCAUUUUGCUUCACAGUCAUUUGGAAUGUACAGAGCCCCUUCUGAUUCCAAUUCUGGCCUUGUACAUGGGAGUGAUGGUUCGUUUUACCAUGGUGGGCCUUGGAUACUAUAAGAAUGUGCAUGAUAUCAUUCCUGAAAGAAGUGGACCUGAAAUGGGGGGUGAAGCUACAAUAAAGAAGAUGCUGGCUUUCUGGUGGCCUUUGGCCUUGAUACUAGCCACUCAGCGAAUCAGCAGACCCAUAGUCAAUUUGUUUGUGUCUCGUGAUCUGGGAGGAAGUCGAACAGCCACAGAGGCCGUUGCAGUUCUGACAGCAACUUACCCCGUUGGUCACAUGCCUUAUGGCUGGUUGACUGAGCUUCGAGCAGUUUAUCCUGCUUUUGACAAGAACAAUCCCAGCAAUAAACUUGGAAACAUCAUCAAUAAAUCACACAUCAAGAGAUUUACUUUUACCUGCUUGGCUAUCUCCGUCACAUUGUGCUUUGUAGUGUUCUGGACUCCCCAUCUAUCGGAGAAAAUUCUGGUUAACCUGAUAGGUGUGAAUUUUGCUUUUGCUGAGCUCUGCGUGGUUCCACUACGAAUCUUUUCUUUCUUCCCCUUCCCAGUAACUAUACGAGCACACCUAACUGGCUGGCUGAUGACCUUGAAGAAGACUUUUGUGCUGGCACCCAGUUCUGUCCUAAGGAUAGUGCUUCUCAUUACAAGUCUGAUCGUGCUGCCUUAUAUGGGAGUCCAUGGAGCUUCUUUAGGGGUUGGUUCACUCCUCGCUGGUUUCCUGGGAGAAUCGGCCAUGGUAGCAAUAGCAUCUUGUUAUGUUUAUCGCCAAGAGAAAAAGAAGAGAACACUGGAUACAACAGCAGCUGAAGGGGAGGACUCUGCAAUGAAUUACACAGCUGUCACUGAGGAAAUGUCUGAGGUUGUGGAAUUGGAUGAAGAUGAGUGAACCAGAUUUAUAAACUGUAGCAGUCACUCUGGUACAAUGUUAGGCCCUCCAUUUCUUCUCUCUCUUCCAUUUUAUUUUUCCUAGAAGUGUCCAUUGCCAAAGACAACUUCUAAACUGUGCUGAGGAGUUGUUUGCACCAUCGGACAGAUUCAGACAAGAGAAGGUUCUCCUCAUGCACAGUGCUGUUCCAUUUCUGCUAAUACCUGGAGGAAAACAACUUCAAAAGAAAACAUCCAUCAAGUCUUCCAGCUUUGGCUUGGCUGACAUCCUUCUUCCCACUGGUAUUAACAACACAUCUGCAACCAAAGCAUCUCUCACCUCUCUUCUUGGCUUUCCUGCCGUCCUGUUUUCCAUCUAUGGUGUAUGUUUGUAUACUGUAGAUGUAAAUAUACAACGGUGUAUAUUUGUUUUUUUAAUUUUAUUUAAUUACUUGAUUACUUUUCAUCAAAUGUUUAUUUGCAAUUAGAUUCUCUAGUGGCCUGUGUGCUUUACUGCCAUAAUGUUGCUGCUCAAGGUGGAGUUCAAGGCACUGUAGUCACAAAGUACACAACUUAGUGAAAAGGUUGAAAACAUAUCAAGUUUAUUUUUUUAAUACCAAAAAGUGUUUGAUAACAGUAUUUGAGGAUAAUGGUGCGCGUGUGGUGGUGAUGCAGGUAAAAUGCUAAAAAGUAGAGAAAUUAAUACUAAAAACAGACUUGACUUGAAUUUCCUAAUCUAGUAAUGUUUAAAAAGGUACAAGGUCAAUACUUGAAAAAUAUAUUUUAAAAGUGGGUGUGAAAUUUGACAACUACAUACGCAAGUAUGGUACUCACACCCAAUAUGUGAACUGAUUCAGAGCAUCGUAUAUCGUAAAGUGGGAAUCAAAUGAUUCAAAUUAAUUUUACAUUUCUUUCUUUGCAGCUUAUUAGAGCAAAGGUUUACAUGUCAAGGAAUGGCUAUUUCUUACAAACAUUCAUAGCAAGUAAUGUUGCAGGGUCAUGUUUGAUGGCUUCUCUGGAAGUGUGGCACCAGUUCAGAGUUGUCUGUAAUUCUACAAACACUACUUCAAUGUUUAAAUGGUGUUUCUUUCCUCUGUUUAUUUUAGGAGUUGUGGAAGCCUGGCUUUAAAUCUGCUCAGCAGUAAACAAGCCUGAUAGGCUGUUAUUUACUACACAUAACUAACAUUUGUUUGAAGUUCUCAAUAUUACUUGAGCAGUCGCAAGGCCUGUUGAAGCCACAUCAAGUAAUUGUCUUUGAAAUGACACUUUCUUUGAGGGCCCCAAUGAAAGUCCUUCGGAGCUGAGGUAAAGAAAAAAGUGCACUGUUGGUGCAGAGUAAUUUUGACCUGAGAGUGCUCAAUGAUAUAGCAAUAUUGGUUGUAAAAAAAAAUCCAAAACUUCAGCAGAUUGUUGAAGAGCAAAGCUCUGUGAGAAAGGGAUAUAUCAAUGACUCUUUCAUAAACCAAUGCGUUUCUUUGAGUGCGUGUAAUAAACUCUUGCAAGUAGAAAUAUAGUUGACAUAAUUUGGGUAGAUACAUUUACACUUUACCCAAAAUACAUCUGGCCAUAUGUACUAAGAGUUUGAAACACUCAUGGUCACAAUACUCUUCUAUUGAAACUUAAGGAAAAAAUGGCCCCAGAUAAUCAUGUUCUCUGAAAUUAUUUUGACAUGACUCUCAGCAUUACUGUUGCUAAAUUGUUAGAUGAAGUAUUUUGUGUAAAAAGAAGUUAUGAAUGUUAUGUGUAAAUGAGUGAAAACCUGUUCUCUUUAAUAGCCAAAUUGGUUCUGCAACAUGCUUUAAAUUUCAUUAAGCAGUGAAAUGUUUAAUCAGAAUUAAAUUUCCAUUAAUUUAAAGUGCCACAUAUGCUCUAUUUAAUAUAACAGUGUAAUUUUAAUAUACCAAAUAUAGAAUGUUUUCUUUCUUUCUAUAUAUAAUGUAUGUAUAUUUUUCCAUGGUAUUAAUUAGAUUUGAAUCCAUUACUUUGGAGUUAUGAUUUUGUGCGUAUUCUGUUGGCUACUUAAUUAAAUUUUUUCCUCAUGUU